GGGAACAUCAAAACCAAGUUCCACGUGUGCAUCAACGCAUGGGCAACUUCUGUGCUCCGACGCUCUUCAGUGAGCCCAGCAGCGCCCUGCCCAAGUGGGAACAUGCCACGGCAACCAUCUCUCCGUCGUCAGAGCAUACUGCUACAAUCAUUUGGCUCCAUGGACUUGGAGACUCGGGGCAUUCAUGGCACAAGCGUGUUGUCGAGGCCACGCCGCUGCCGCAUGUCAAGUACAUAUUCCCGUCUGCCCCAUUCCGUCCUGUGACGCUAAAUGGCGGCAUGAUGAUGCCCGCGUGGUUUGACCUGAAUGGUCUUCGUCCAGAGGAUGCAGAAGACGAAGCCGGUAUCAAUCGAUGUAGCCACCUGCUUGCCCAGCUCAUCGACAAGGAAGUUAAAUCGGGCAUUUCACCUCAGAAUAUAGCUGUGGUGGGGUUCAGCCAAGGCGGUGCUUUGGCAGCCCAUACGUGCUUUCGAAUGGUGCCAUAUCAACUGGGGGCCCUUGUCCUCAUGAGCAGCUACGUGCCGCUAGCGUCUUCAUUUAUCCCCAAGCCUGACUGUUGCAACACGCCGACCCUCGUGUGCCAUGGCGAUCGCGAUGUGCUGAUUCCUGCUGCCUAUGCGACCAAGUCCAACGAACUGUUUAAGGUCCACGGCAUCCCCACACAGCUCAUACUGUACAGAGGCCUCGCACACACGUCCAAUGCUGGGGAAAUGGACGACAUUGGCCAAUUUUUAACACACCACCUCAGGCUGUCCAUUCCGAAGCAUGCGUAAUGGCAUGGCCACUGUGAUUAAAUACAAAAUUCCUAUUUACUGUAGUG